AUUUAUGUGUAUUUGUACAUCCGGUAGCUGCCGCCACACCGGCCAGGGCAUGGCUCUCUGCCGUCACUACCGGUAAUUGUUUCAUUCCGGGUCGGUAAGAGUUCUUGCCUGCACCACCAUGUCUCCGUCUCAGCCGCCUCCCUUCUCCGAUUUCGAGUAUGUAUUUGAUCCUGCUCUCGCGAGUUUAUCACCUCCUCUUCUUCCUAUCCCAUCAUCUGCAGACCUCUUUUCCCCGUCUGAAACAACCGAUCUGUUAGGAUUCUUGGACAACUUUAAUUGGGAUUUCGAAUCAGAUCCCGCACUCACCGCGCCCUAUCCUAUACCGCAAAGCGCGCGUGAUCUAGACACUCCGGGAGAAAUUAUGUCGCCGAUACUUCCAGAGCAAUCUGAGAUACCAUCGGAUAUAUCCAAUGCCAGACCUUCAUCUUCAUCAUCCGCAACUUCGUCAUCUCCCUCGAAACAAGACUCCGCGGGCACAAAGCGCAAGAGAGCUUCUACAGCCUCGUGCCAGACGGGGAGAGCAAAAGUUCUCCUAUCAACCCCUCAAAAGAGGCUCAAUCAUAUCAUGUCAGAGCAAAAGCGUCGUAACGCCAUUCGUGAGGGAUACGCCCAGUUGAUAUCCCUUCUCGCUCCAGCUGGUGCACAGGCUAUUGAUAUGCCUACUAGGGGCAGACCAAAGGGCAGUGGGAGCAGGGGGAAGGGUCACAGCAAAGGCAAGAGCGGGGUGCUCUUUCGAGCAGUCGAGUAUUGCCGGUGGCUUGAGGAAGGGAGGGAUGUUCUGAUGGAUGAAGUACUUCGUCUUGAAGCAGCCGCAGGCAUCGUCUAUCCGUCUCCGUAGUAACGGCAUCAGCUUCAUUAAGACAAUUGUCCAAAACCGUAGUGAGUCGUUCGGUCUUUAUGUGUCCGGAUCUCAUGAGUCUUCUAGAACAUGGGGAAUGCACCCCUUAUCCACUGCCAGUUUAGGGCUACGGAACAAUAGCGUCUUCUUGUAAAGCAUGUCCGCAAAUUCGCAUUUUUCCCCCUGAAGCCGCGGCUAUCCAUAUUGUAUACUUGGUCGAAUUUUCGACGUGAAUUGUAUUGUAUUUUUCCAUAAUUCUUAUCAUGCUUUUGGAUGUACUGGCACAUGAAUAUACCCAGUUUCUCUUUCUUUAGGAAUUGCAUAUUGAAUUGCAAGGCUACGAUUAUCUGUCUUGCUGUCUCAUUUGCUUCCCACCUGCAGGUCGACAUAAAUUCAACACAAAAUUGCCUUUCAAAA